AUGGCACCGGGCACUUACCCGGACUUCGAGGACCUACCCCUGGACAAGAAAGGGCCCCAUGGCAAUGCGUGGGGACUCUGGGGGCCGGAUGAUCAGCUUGGCACUCUCAACCUCCUUACCGAUGAUGUUGUCGCAAACGCCGCCAAAGAGAACAUUAUCACGGGGCAGAGAAUUUCUCUCAAGUCAUGGAGCUUCAACUCGCAAUGUAGCUCGCAAUGGGAUGGAUUUCGACAUUAUGCUUAUCAAGAAGAAGCUUUGUAUUACAUGGGGCGCACUGCGGAAGACUUUGCUAAGUCCACAAUCCCCAACGGGAUACAACAUGCCGCAAGGAAAGGCAUUGCUGGUCGAGCUAUCUUCGUCGACUGGUAUGGUUGGGCUCAGAAGCGAGGCCUUGAUAUUGAUGCUUUCAGCUCGUACGAGGUGACAUUUGACGAGAUUAUUGAGGCGAUGCAAGAUCAAGGCCUUCAUCAAGACAUUGUUCGACCAGGAGACAUUUUUGUCAUUCGUUUCGGGUAUCUUGCCCAGUACGAGUCGAUGAGCCAGGAGAAGCGAGAGAGACUCGACAAGCUCUAUCGAACAACGAAGCCUGACAACAUCGGCAUCAAGCCAUCUCGAGAUUUACUGAAAGUAGUCCACCUUGCUGCUGCAGGUCAAGCCGCCAACCUCGAAACCCGCCCAGCUCCCUCUUCAGGUCCCGGCAGCGUGGUGAUUCGCGUUCUGGCCGUUUCAGUCAGGGCCAACUCUCCGCAUGUCUAUCAGAAUCCUGACAGCGGGCACCCUCUACCUUUUCCAUUCGUCCCCGGUUUCGCCGCGAUCGGGAGGAUAUCCGAGAUCGGGCCUGAUGCUACCAAGUUGAAAACUGGACAGCUCGUGUUUUUCGACCCAUACAUUCAGGCCCGAGAUCGCGGCGGCAUAUACAUCUCCGGCAUGAUGGAAGGCUUCGAUGAAGGUGGCCGUAAGCUCUCUCACGGAGAGUUCAGGGACUCCACCUACGCGGAAUUCGCCAGAGUGCCAUUGGAAAAUUGCCAUGUCUUCAAUGAAGAAAGAAUUCUUGGCGACAUCUCACAAGGAGGACUCGGAUACUCUAUAGAGGAUCUCACCCACCUCUUCAGUAUGCUUGUACCGUUCGGUGGGCUUGCGGACAUCGACAUCAAGGCUGGCGACACCGUCAUCAUCGCACCAGCAACUGGACGCUACGGAAGCGCAGCUGUCCACCUCGCACUUGCGAUGGGCGCGCACGUUGUCGCGACUGGGCGCAACUGCGAAGUCCUUCAGAAGCUUGCCAGGAUCAGUCCCCGCGUAUCACCUGUUUGUCUCGCCAACGUCAUUGAGCAAGACAUCUUGUCACUCAAGAAAGCGUGCCGUGGAUUGGCUGAUGCUUUCUGGGACAUGUCGCCGGCCGCAGCGGCAAACUCGAGUCAUUUCAAGAGCUGUAUGAGCGUUCUGAGGCACGGGGCGCGUGUGAAUUUGGAGGGCGCUGUCUAUUCCGGGGCUGACUUUGGGUACAUGGACAUUAUGGGUCGAGGGUUGACGAUCAAAGGAACAUGGAUGUGCACUCCUGAGCAAACCCGGAGACUCAUCAAGAUGGUCGAAACUGGCGUGCUUCCUCUUGGAGAACGGGCUGGAAUGGGGCCAGUUCGAAGUUUUGCGCUCAAGGAUUGGGAACAAGCAUGGGAUACGGCGACUGAGAAAAGAGAACCGGGAGAGAUAGUCAUUAUGCCUUGGAAGACGCAGUGA